AGUGAUUGGGAGAGAUGCUGUCCACCAGUUCAGACCAGCGGCUAAUGCGGCUUUUGUCUUGUAUAACUCUUUUUUUACUUUUUGAAAUCACCAACGCCAAAGGGGAUUUAAAAGGCGCUUGCAACACAUGCAAGCAAAUUACUGAUAACUUCAGCAAGGGCUUUGAUAGGACAGUAAAGCAGAACUUUGGCGGUGGAAACACAGCCUGGGAGGAGAGGACACUGUCCAAGUAUGAGACAAGUGAGAUUCGUCUGAUGGAGAUCAUAGAGGGGCUGUGUGAGAGCAGCAGCUUUGAGUGCAACCGCAUGGUAGAGGAGCAUGAAGAGCAUUUUGAGACCUGGUGGUUCAAGAGGAAAACAAAACAUCCUGAUCUUCACAAGUGGUUCUGCAUUGAAACUAUCAAAGUAUGCUGCCCAAAGGGAACGUUUGGACCCGACUGUAACGCCUGUGUGGGGGGCUCUGAGAGACCCUGUCACGGAAACGGAAUGUGUGAUGGCGACGGGACUCGGGGAGGGGACGGGAAGUGCAGCUGCAACCACGGUUAUAAAGGGGAGUUCUGCCUCGACUGCACUGACGGCUACUUCAAUGAAGUGAGGAACGACACCCUCUCCCUUUGCACAGAAUGCCACUCUUCUUGCAAGACCUGCUCUGGAGCAACCAAUCAGGACUGUGAUGAGUGCAAGGAGGGCUGGGAGGAGGAUGACCAGGAAGCUUGUGUCGAUGUGAACGAGUGCUCCACAGACCCUUCUCCAUGUCGAGAAGAUCAAUACUGUCUCAACACAGAAGGCUCCUAUUCCUGCAAGGCUUGUGACAAAGUUUGCUCGGGCUGCACGGGGGCAGGUGCUGACAAAUGCCAGGCUUGUGCCAGUGGGUACCACGAGGUAGAGGGCGCCUGCACGGAUGUCAACGAGUGUUCCCAGUCAGAGUCUGUGUGCACAAAGGAGCACGAGGAGUGUUUCAACACGAAAGGCAGCUACGUGUGCAUCUGUUCAAGUGGCUACGAGGAGAAGGACGGCGAGUGUGUUCUUAUACCAAAAUCAGAAAAAGCAGAGGAGACAGAAACGGAGGAGACCACCGCAAGUCCUCAUGGGGAGCUUUGACGUCAAAACUGGGACCACUAGAAGCAAAUUACGACGGAGCUGAUCUUUUCUGAAGUCGUCAACUAUGCGCACUUACCUACCAGCUGCACUUACAACUCACUGGAUCAUGGAUUUGAGGACACACACAAAAAAAGAGACAUUUUAUGCUCGUAGUACGCUGGUUGUUGUUGUUGCUUCUCUCUGUGCAAACCACCACUUGUGUUCUUUGUUUGUUGUCUGGUUUUAAAGUUUCAAGGUGUUUCAAUAAAGGUGAAUAAUGUUUUAAGAUAAACCCAUGUCAACAAAAUGUGCAUACGCUUAUUUAUUCCAAGACAGAUGGAUUUAUUUUUGGGUCACCCAAUAAAUGUGCUGACUAA